UUAGCAUAAAAUGAUAGUUGAAAAAAAAAUGUUCUUUUAAACAAGUGAUAAAAAUAAAGAAAAUUAUUUCAUAUUAGUAUAUAAUUUUUAAUAUUAUUUUAAAAAUCACCGUUUUACUUCAACUUCAAAUUGUAAAAAGAGGACUUCAUGAAAAUAAAAUAUAUUUAAAAUAAAAACAUGAAGAUGGCAGAACCCAUAAAAAAAUUAUUAAAACGCAACAAACCUGGUACUAAAGCAAAAUUUUUUCGAAAAUGGCCAGAUGAACCUUUUGAAGAAAUGGAAAGUACUUUAGCUGUUCAAGAAUUUAUACAACAGCAAAUCCGCAAAGAUCCAAGUAAUAUUGAUUUGAUUUUAACUUCUCCUGAUUCUCAAGAAGAAGGUGUAUGGAAAUAUGAACAUUUACGUCAAUUUUGUAUGGAACUUAAUGGGCUUGCAGUUGAGUUGCAAAGUGAAUGUCUGCCUGAUACAUGUAGUCAAAUGACAUCUACAGAACAAUGGAUUUUUUUGUGUGCCGCUCAUAAAACACCUAAAGAAUGUCCAGCAAUUGAUUAUACACGACAUACUCUUGAUGGAGCUGCUUGUUUGUUAAACAGCAACAAAUAUUUUCCUAGCAGAGUGAAUAUAAAAGAAUCAUCAGUAGCAAAACUAGGAUCUGUGUGCCGUCGUGUAUACAGAAUAUUUUCACAUGCAUACUACCAUCAUCAAAAUAUUUACAACAAAUUUGAGAAUGAAACAUACUUAUGCAAACGGUUUACUAAGUUUGUCAUCAAGUAUAGCCUAAUGGCAAAAGAAAAUUUGAUUGUACCCAUGCCUGAAGCAAUAAUGCAAGGUGUUCGAACUGAAGAAGAUGGAUCAACAUCAAUUAAGGAGCCUUAAUUUUGCUCUCUUUUGUGCCACGAUAUUCGUCUUUAUCAUAUGUUUUACGGGGCACAGGCCUAUUAACAUGAUCUGCUAAUUUAUCAGCUCCUUGAUACCUAAUAUAAUUAUUAAUAAUAUGAGUUCUAGAAGAUUAAUCACAAGCAUUUAUGUUUUAACUAUUAAGUAUUUUAUAAAUUAAAUUUAUAAUUUUUGUAUUAAUACUUACAAUAUCCAAUAAAGAAAAAAUAUGAUUGAUAAA